CAGCGUAAACGGCUGGCCGACGAUGUUACCAUCUACACUGACGGCAACGAGAGCCUAGCGGACGAGUUCCGCAAAGUCCUUGCCAAGUCGUCCAUCAAGAUCGAUACGAAGCCAAUCGAGAGGCUUGAGAAGGGCAAAGUGGGCGCCGAGGCGACUGUGCAUUUCAAAGACAAGAGCCAGCAGACCGAGGGCUUUCUCGCCCACCGGCCCAAGAUCGAACUCGUGGGACCGUUAGCGCGCCAGCUGGGAUUGGAGCUGACCCCAAGCGGAGAUAUCACAGUGACGGAGCCCAUGUUUACGACCAGCGUGCCGGGCGUCUUUGCUGCGGGCGACUGCGCGACGCAGAUGAAGGCCGUCGUCCAAGCUAUGACUACGGGCGCUUUUUGUGCCGGAGGCGUAAGCGCAGCGCUGUCUGCCGAGAUGUAUAUCAAGACAGCUUCACAGUAG